UAGCAGGCGAGUGGCCUCCUGAACAGUGGCGAAGGCCACUCUGUAGAGGCCGGUGAGGCGCCCUGUUGCUCUGCUGCAGAUUCUCCAGCACCUGGUCGGCAUGUGGUCGGCCGAGCGCAAGGCUGCUUCUACUUCUGCUGCAGGCACCCCAGCCCCUCUGCCGCCCCUGAGGACGACAAAGUGCCAGGGCGCGCAGUGUUCUUGUGGCGGCUGUCUGGGCUGCUACUUUGCGGGCUGCCGCGCCGAUUUCCCCGCAGUUAAGGCCGCCUUGGGGGCGGUCUGUGUAGCCGCAGAAGCUACCGGCGGCGGCAGCAGCGGAGAGAACUCUGGUGCCCCGUGAAGAGCUGCAGUGGUGCUCUUCUGAGCUGUUGCAACUGCUACUUGAGUGCCAGUUUCCUCUGCGCCCGAUCAUCAGUUGUCGUAAUGCCUCAUGCCAGAAACUAUCAAAAUACCUCCUGAAAAUUGUUGAGCCACUAGCAGGACAGACAGAUACUUUUGUCAAAGAUUCCAAUCAUUUUAUUUCUAUAGUCCAAACACUGAAAAUAGAAAACAACGUUACCCUGGUGAGUUUUGAUGUCCAAAGCCUCUUCACCAAUGUACCAGUAGCCGAAACACUCAGCAUUGUCAAAGCCAAAUUGGAGGCUGAUCCAACUUUAAAGGACAGAACUGUAAUACCAAUCCCAUCCAUCAUGGAAAUGAUUACCCUCUGUGUCACCACGACAUAUUUCCAGUUCAAGGAUAUUUUCUACAAACAGACCGAUGGCAUGGCAAUGGGCUCUUCUCUUUCACCAUUUAUGGCCAAUUAUAUUUAUGGAAAUCUUUGAGCAAGAUGCACUUAGCAAAAGUAAUAGCCCUCCUAAAAUCUGGCUCCGUUAUGUAGACGACACCUUCACUGUCUGGCAACAUGGACUUGAAACUUUGGAGGAAUUUGUGAACCACCUUAACUCUCUGAGGCCAUCAAUAAAGUUCACCUAUGAAAAAGAAACCAAUGGUAGCAUUCCUUUCCUGGACGUACUAGUCAGCAGAAAAAACAACAGUCUGGAAACCAAAGUAUACAGGAAACCUACACACACAGGCCAAUACCUUAACUUUGCAUCCAACCAUCCCAAAACAACAAAAACUGGCAUAAUUCACACACUAACCAACCGAGCUGAGAUUAUUUGUUCUGAUGAGAAAUCUAUUGCGGUUGAACACAAUCAUAUAAAAAAGGAACUCAUAGCCAAUGGUUACCCUGCUAACACCAUCAAACAGCAUAUGAAAUCCAACAAAACACUCAAACCCACAGAAACCGAUAAACCGGCAGGAACUCUAGUCAUUCCGUAUGUUCAAGGGCUUUCAGAAAAAAUAAGACACCUGGGAAACAAAUAUGGACUCAAAACAGCUUUCCGUUCUAAAUCUACUAUUAAAAGCAUUGUUACAAAGGUGAAACCAGCCACAGAAAAAUUACAAACCCACAACUGUGUGUAUCAGAUCCCCUGUGAAUGUGGCCACGUGUACAUAGGUGAAACUGGCAGAGCUCUAUCCACCCGAAUCAAAGAACACAAAAACAACUGUAAGAAGGGUGAAACCCUAAAAUCCAGACUUGCUGAACAUACAUGGGAAAAUAGCCACAAAAUUCUCUGGGAAGACUCCACACCACUCAUACAGGAACCCGAUAAAAUAAAAAGGAAAAUCAAAUAAUCAGCUUUCAUUAUUAGCAAUAAAAAUAUUUUCAGCCAGCAGAGCAUUGAAUUAAAAAAUAUGUGGAUCCCUUUGAUUAAGAGAGAAACAUCCCUGCAGCACAAAACAAUAGCCAAUACUCAACCUACAAUAACCAAUCCGCUUUAACUCCAUGGUGCACAGCCAAUGAGGAGUCAGCUUGUCUGCCAUUGGCUGAGCAAGAUGUAGUCCAUUUUCUGAUAAAUACCCUCAUUUUUCCGAUAGCAGUUCCCUAAACGUCGCUUGUUUCUGUUUUAGAAAACUGUUGUGUUUGUUUCGUCUUUUCGUUUGGUCGUGUUUUUGUCUCGUUUUGACUGUUGUGCUGAAUUUUUUGGGUUCAAUAUUUUUUGUGCUGUCAUCAUUUGUGGGUUUUUUUUUGUUUUUUUUUUUUGUUUUUUUGGAAAAUUAUUGUGUUGGUUUGUCUUUUGGAUUUGCUGUGUUUUUUGUCUCGUUUCAACUGUUGUGUUGAAUUUUUUUGGGUUCGGAAUUUUUGUGCUGUCAUCAUUUGUGGGGGUUUUUUCGUUUUUUCGUUCUGUUAGUCCAUUUUUCUUUGUUUUUUCCUUGUUUGUUGACCAUAUUCCUGUUGUGGAAUAUUGUGUGGCGUUAAAUCCUGACAACAGCAAUUUUUGCUUAAUUUGUGUUUUUUGUCAUUUGUGUUGUUUUUUUUUAAGUUUUCUUCUGUAGACAUACAUGUGCUAAGCAAUGGCGUAUGUCCAAAAGCCUACAUCAAGUCACCUACCUGCAUGUGGGUCUUUCCCUGCAUGUAGAGCCUACCUGUUGUAGCACCUACCUGCAUGUGGGUCUUUCCUUGCAUGUAGAGCCUACCUGUUGUAGCACCUACCUACAUGUGGGUCUUUCCUUGCUUGUGGUGCCUACCUGGGGGUGCCUACCUUCCACUAGUGCCUGCUUUGUCAUUUGUAUAUUUGUUAUGUAGUUUGUCUGUUUAUGUUGUGCCCACCUCAAAAGUUUAUCAACUGUUGGUGGGAAUGUCACAAAUUAUGCAUAUAAAAAAAUUCAUAUUAAAUGUACAGAUGAUAGAGAUAUCUAUUUGUUUUGUAACCAAGUCAUAAAAAGACACUUGAUACUUGUAAGGACUUAUUUAUUAAAUCCAAAUUAUACUACAUUAAUAAAACACAUCCGUAUCUAGCCCAGUGCGGGGCGCUAGUUAAAAUUAAUAAUAAUAAGUGAAUAAAUCACAGACACACGACUUGUAAUGAGAUUGUCUGGCCUUUGUCAUCCAAGUAAAAAGUCAUAGAAAACGAGGUCAAGGCAGCAAAGUGGUGUUUAGCAACUGCUAUAAUGUGAAAAUAACAGGAAGUCUUGCCUUUUAGAACCUAAAAUGGAAAUUUUGUUAAUUUUCAAUGUAAGCUGUUAUUUUUCCAAACUUUAGCCCUAUUGUUUUGUCAAAAUCCCCCAAAACUGCAUUAAAAUAUACCCAACAUGCAGCAGUGAAUCAAAUUGAAAAGUGUUUAUUGUUUGUGAAUAAUUACUACUAUCAUCUUUAAAUGUUUACAGGUUAAACACUACAGUAUUUCAUAAACAAGCAAGUUAAUAAAUUCCAUAUUACAUAUUAUUUUAUUUUGUUAAAAUCAUUUGGGGUAUCUACUUAAGUCCAGGAUGUGUGAGAUAAUUCAAGGAACACAUGAAUUAGGUAUUUUGCAUGAAAACCUAAUGGAAAGAGAGGGUUCCAAAUUAGUAUAUGAGCGUACAAGUCUUCUAAGAGACUCGGUAUUGGAAAGUCUUUGUUCUUUGUAAUGGAACCACUGAUACUAAAGAAAAUGUUUGUUUGUGGUACUGUAUAAAAAAAGAGGCCGACAAGUUAGAAGAGCUAGUCCUAAAGUAGGCCUGUGUGAAGCGUCAACUAAGUUAAUCAAAUGGAAGCUCUUUUUAAUAUUUUAUUUCACUUCUCCAGGACAUUUGCAAUUUGUUUUAUUUGAAGCUUUGAAUGUAAUGCAAGGCUUUGUAUCUGACAAAAAGCUUUGCGUUUGUGGGAAAACUUAGGUGUGCUUUCAUGAAUGUACAAAAUUAAUGUUAUGCAUGGUGAAUUCAUCAUUUCUAUUGAAUGGUGUUAGAUACCCAAAUGGUUUUAUAAUGAGAACCAACAUUACAAAUUUUUAAUUAAUUUUUUUUACUUCAUUUCAGUAUUUUAUAAAAUAAGUGAAAUAAAGCUAUGCUAAGAAAAAUAUUUGCAAUUAAAUUAGACUUCGCAAAUAUUUUAAAUAUUUAUUUUUUAUUCACAUCACAUCAAAAAACUAGUAUUCACACAGACCUAUUCUAAAGGUUGCUUCAGUUAGCAUUUUGCAAAAAGCUAAUGCAACCAUGCUCACCAGUUCUGAUGAUCGUGUCAUGAUUGUAUAGCACUUAAUACGUUUGUAGUACACAGCUAUCAGAUUCUGCUCGUUACACGACAAAAGUGUGUCUCAUCCCUACAUAUUGUUACGAUUAUUAAAACAAUAAUUCAUAAUUGUUGAGUGGGAAAACUACCGGAUACGUAAAUGGAUAGCCCAACUAAAGAUUUUAUCACUACACAGUUUUAUUUAUCGCCAAUAUUUACAUCACUAACUCUUCUAAAAUGCCUAAUAAUUAAUUACACUUAAAAAUGUUGCUUCCCCAGUCACUCGGUUCUUACACACUGCAAACCUCGCUGGACCGCACCCCUGGCGCAACUCUCGCCGCAGCACCCCUCGUGGACCUCCGUCGCACUUCCCUUCGCCGAAGGUCCACUCGACGCUUCGCUCGGAACUCUGCCACGCCUGCAACACUAUCUCCCGGAACUGAACUCUCCGCCCUGGAACCUUCGACCAGGGACUUCGACGCUCCACCGCACGCGCGGCACUAUCGCCCUGGAACCUCCGCCGCGGGAAAACUCCCAGCUCCCAGCUGAACUGAUUCACAGGCGCCACUUCUAGAAUUCACGAGCGCGGCUGGGGCCAGUCCCGUCAUUCUGCGCUGGCCCGACACGAGAAAUCUCUAGACACGCGUCGGCAGCUGCCAGGUGGCGCGCAGAACUCCCCAGCUGUUAGGUGUCAGAUGUCGCUAACAGCGCCGCACGGGGAGCGAGGGAAGGAGGGGGGAAAGCGGCGACCCUUGUAAUUUGUGCGGCACGUCUCAUGUUGCGGCGGCCACGUGAUGUCAGUGGCCGUGAGGAGCUGCCAGCCAGCUCUGCACCUCCUCGUGUCGCGGCCUUUCUCACGUUCGUAACAAUAUCCUUUUAUAGAGAAUGUAUAUGCAUUGCUGAGAUCACAACCUGCCACUGACUGGUAGGUAACAUCAUUAAAUUAAGCUGAAGGUGAAAACAACUCUCUUGAACACAAGAAAAUGCAGGCACCAUUGUUUGAAAUAUUAAUCCGAAAACAUCAAGAAGUCAUGAAAUCUUCUUCCAAAUAAAACAACAGGCUGCACUCUCUUGCAUUUUAAUCAAGCGAGAGUAUGAUGUAAACCACAGCAGUGACCAUAGCUAUACCACAGGUACUCAUCCCCCCAAAUGUUACACUUGAACCAUGUGGUGAUUUUCUGGUAAUUGUAAUCUACUAAUUUUCAUGUGAUACUGUAAUGACUCUGUGAUAGUCAAGUAACAUGUAUUAAAAAUAAAUUUAAAAUAUGCUCCCUACUCAAUCCAGUUGCUUCGUGUAUUAUUAUAUGAAUUAAACCUGCAAUUUAAUGUUGGCUAGCAUACUGCACUACCAAUUUUUGGAGUAAAAUAUCAAAAAUAUUUUUUUUUUGUGGUUUUCAUCUAGUAAGACAUACCUUUUUUUCCGUACAAACUGAAAUAGAGGGUUAUUUGUAUAUAUAUAAAUAUUUAGUUUAUAAACAUUGAGAAAUGCUUUAAAUAAGCUGCAUUAAAAAUCCUAAUUUCAUAAUAAUAUAUGCUAAUUUUAGAAAUAAUGGAUAGUAAUUUUGCUGCUCCUAUUUAUGAACACCACAAACUUGAUACGUAUCUAUCUGUGCUGCGUACAAAACACAAAGUUAUAAAACUUGGGUAUCUUCAUAUAUUUGGUUUUUAAUGAAAAAGUGGGAUGAUUUUGUUUACAAGAGAAGCUACCACACAUUUUAUAUUUAUACCUGGUUUUAUGUAACUUUCUUUUAUUACUUGACAUGACACAAAAAAAUUCCUAGUGGAGAAAAAUGUUUUCCCCAUAAAAUGUUGGAACAAAUGUGAAAAGCAAUACGGAAUUAAUCUGUUUUAUUUUUGACGUGACGUCUAAUAAAUUGAUGAACGCCGGCUGCAAGCACGGAAAAGUGUCCUGUUAUGCACAUUGUCCCGUUUCGCUGUGUCCCGUUACGCUCAUUUUAUAUCGCUCUUUGCUAACCUGAACCUCCUAGCAUUGCGACCGAGUCCGUGGCGUAAUUCUGUUUUCAUGCAUUUCAAUGUAACAUUUUCAUUGCUCUUUGCUAACCCGUUCCUCCUAGCAUUGCUGCACAGUCCGUGGCGCAAAUAUUAUUAUUUUUGACUGCAUCUUGGUGUUGGGUAAGCAAUUUUCCUUCACAUCAUCCUUGAAACGCUCCCAUUAGUUUCCUACUUUUCCUAUCAUCGUCCUAUCCUUAACAGAAUAACACAGUUUGGAAGAAGUUAAAUAGCAAACAUGUAUAAUAAAGUUAAAAUAAAAAAUAAAAAAAAAUAAAAAAGGUAUAGUUAAAAUAAUCUCUUCGUUAAAAAAGUAAUAAACAUAUAUGAAUUAAUGAGUGCAAAUAAAAGUAAAUUUAUCAAUUAAAUUGUAGAUUUCAUUUCACUCCUCCUUUGUUUCCAUACAAAAUAGUGAUAAUUCAAUAAAAAUGAUUCAAUUUUAUUCAUAAAAGUAUGCAAUCAUUUCAUCAAUGUUUUGUUAUGACGACGUCACGUUAAACUAUCGUCCGUAAACCGACUUUACAGACAACCAAUUUUUUUGUUUACACUUAAUGUUUUAUACCUUAGGCCAAGAAAUAAUUGUGAAGGGUAUGAAAAGUCAUGUACAGAUGUGUUUUAUGUACGUUUAGCACUGCCCCUUUGUUUACAUUUAAGUUGUUAUUACAUAUCUAAAUUUAUACAUUGUGUUGGUUCUGCCAUGUUUAUGCCAAAUGUUAGGAUUUGGUACACUGCUUUAUUUAGUAAAAUCAUUAGAAAUUACCAAUUUAAAUUUAGCUAACCUAACCUAACCAACCAUCCUUACUAUUUCAUAGAAUAUUAAAUGUAGCCAAACAUUCAAAUAAAAUUUCACAGUAUUUUCAAUGUACACAAACUAACCAAUCGUUAAAACUGUGAACCACUUGAAGUAUCCAAAUACCCUCUUAGAGAGUGAUUAUAAACAUGUCAGAACAAGAGUCUUUCCUUCAGAAUUACAAUUAUUCUAAAGAUUCAAUUCAUCUGGUAAAGAAUACAAAUUUUAAGGGAAUGAAAAGACAAAAAUGUACAUUUUGUUCCAAAUUUUAGAACUAACAUAAAUUAUUCAACAACUUUUUGCACUGCUUUUGCCAUGGUUUAACACUGCUUUUGGUCGGUUUUAUUUACAAUUUUCUGGUGUCCCUAGCAAUUAUGAAAUCUAAGCAAUUAUGAAAUCUGAAGGUAUAUUUUCUACAGCUUUUGAAGAUUGUACGUCUUGUUUGACCAAAUGUGACAAAACCUUUUGAGGUGAAAAUUUCAAAACACAUCAGCUUUAUGUUAUAAAAAACUCCAGUGCUUAGUGAGUUUUUACUAAGCAUUAACAGUCACAAACAGUCACUAAAUAAUGCCAAAGAUGUUUUGAUGUAAUUUAAAGACAUUCCAGGUCCCUGUUGCAUAAAAUAUACAAGUCUACAAUUUACAAGUCAAUCACUUGUAGCUUGUGAAAAUUCCUGUAAUUCUGUUUUAUAAAAGUACAAUUUACAAGCUACAAACUACAAGUGUUUUUAACAAUUUACAAGUGUUUUCUACAAGUUAAAAAUUUAUAACAUUUCAUAAACCAAAUUUCACAAGUAAAUACUUGUAGCAAACCCCUAAGUUUCCACAAGCAUUCUGAGUUUUGUAAAUCUUACUUCGAGUUGAAAGUUGAGGUUAAAAACCUUUCUGCUGAAUGUGAAUCUCUUUUGAAUUAGUACUUUUGUUAGUACAAACAAUGGACAUUGUUUUUACUGACUCAGAUGAAGAAAUAGAAGUUGAGGUUAGAAGGCAAAGGACUUUCAAGGAGAGAAUAAAUAUAUGAACUAUGUCACAUACUACGAAUACAAUGAACGUUUUAGGAUGAGUUCACAAAAAUUCGAAGAACUUCUGCGGGAAAUUGGUCAUUUAUUGCAGCAUCCGAAAAAAGAAAAAAAGCAUUAACUUUUUAUACAUUAAUUAAACUAACCUGGCCCAGCUAACAUAAAAAGGCAAACCACAAUUUACUAAAAUUUAUUUCCACAAAGUUUCGACAAUUUAUAUACUGUAAAUCCUACUCAGCUUAACUUAAUUGGGGUAGGGAAUUUGUUUAACAAAACUAACCCAACCUAAAUGAGCAUUGACCAACGUAAGCUAAACUAUCAUAAAUAAACUAUUUUUUUACCUGAUGUACCUCCCACAUAUAAAAAUAUAUUUCAUUAACAAAUCUUCCAUUUAGGCCUAACAGUUCCGUCAUUCUGCAUGAGUAAUAUCCACAAUUACCAUCCUAUGUUUUGUGGGAGGUAUACUAGGUUUAUAAAAAAGAGGUUGGUUAGGUUAGGUUUGUUAAAAACAUCCUUUCCUGAGUAUGUUUGAUUAGGUUAUGUUUUGAAAGUUUUUAAGUGUUUAAAAUUUGGUUAAAUAGUUUGUAGUACUGCCGAUUUCAAAUCAUUUGCUACUCGUGCACUCUCCAUUUUUCAUGUAAACAACUUGUGAAUAAAACAGGUGACUUGUGAAAAUUUGAUACAAGCUAACCAACUUCUACAUGUUACAAGACUUUUUUUUAUAAAACACAUUUCCCAGAACUUGUGAGUUGUGAACUUGUGACUUGUAACUUGUAAUGUUUAUGAAAUAGGGCCCUGGCAUUGGAGAACUGAAUGAUUCAUUGUUUUUUAAAGCAUCAACUACCUGAAGCAGUAAAGUUGGGACAAAAAUGUGCUGGUCAGUAAAUGUCACUGGCUGUUGAUACAGGACAAGCACAACUUGCAACAGCAGUAUUCAGGGCCAUUUUGAAUCUCAGCUAUAACCUACACAGUGAAUGUUUACUAAUCCAUUACUAUCAAGUGGAAUGGAAUUAAAUAUUUUAAGAUGAAAAUAUCAAAUGUCUGUGCAAUUCUUAUGUGAAUUUUUCAUUUUGGGUUGACAAAAAAAAAUUGUGUGAUGGAAUAUAUGCGUAAAUAACUAGCCUAUAUUGGUUUUUAAUAAAUUUUAACUCCACGAGUAAGUAAAAUUGGUUAAAUUAUAUAUUUCAGUAGUAGUCUGAACCCAUGAACUGCGUAGUUAUUCUACGUCUUCUCCCAUUCUGUCUGUGCCGGCAAGUGAUGUGUCUGCUGCGCUGCAUUUGCGGAGCGAACAGGAAUAAAUUUUUUUUAAUUAACCAGCCAAAGAGAGAGGAGAGCGGGAAAGUGCGUGUGAAUGUUUGAAUGUGUGAAUGUGUGUGUGUACGUGAGGCCAUGUGGCAGUGUUAACGGUUCUCCAUCCCUCUUAUUGUUGUCCCUUGAACAGGAACCCUACAAAAUUAAUGUGUCUAUCACGACAGGUUAUUAUGACACAACUGUGCACAAAGUUUACUGUUACUAUGUGAGAUUUCCCACACUUUUAACUGAACAUUUCAUGAUAUAACUGCAGCCAUCGUUGGUGUUUAUAAGUGCACCUUUUAUAUUUCUCCAGCUCCACCCAAAAUUGCCUGUAACGUGUUUGCUAGUUUUUAUAGAAGGAGCUGACAAAGACGGCUUGCCGCCUCUUCUCUCUAUGUGGCAAGGGGAUGGGUACAAAAUAAAAUACAAUAAAUGGAGGGAAACAAGGGUAUAAAAAUAGCAGUAUUCUCCUUUGUCAUUUUGUUAGGCAGUGUGGGGAAUGGAGGGGUCAUAUAUAUUGGGUCAGGAAGGAAGGAAGGAAGGUAGUAAGGUGGAGACAAGUGGGUGCAGGACUGCCGGAUCACACCCUCCUGUAGUACACAGACAAAGAAGAACCGAGGGACAUGUGUGCCAAUACGCUGACACACGAAACAAAUAUACUUAUCUUAUAUCCAUGGAACUCUGAUGAAGAUGCUACCUUUAUUCGAGGGCAAGCCUUACGGUGAAAAUGUUUUAUUUUUAUGCAGGGGCGAUACUUCUGUAGGUAAAUACAGUACAAGUAAAUAGUUAACACAUUUAAUAUGCCUUGUUAGUGUGGUAGGUACUGUAAAUAAUGUGAUGUCUGCAUGAUUGCUUAUAUUGUAUUUUAAAUAACAUCAAUGAAAAUUUUCAAUUAAAUAUUUUUUGAAGUAUACCUAUUUUAAAUAAAUAAAAAAUAAACUUUUUAAGGUGUUUAAAACAUAUUGCAUUCAAAUUUAUGGUAUUCUAAACUAUGUUAUUUUAGACUAAUUAAAAUGUGUUUCUUAUGUAUAUUCUGACAACUACUCGAAGAAACACCAAAACAAUUUUGUACAGACUUAUUUAUUAUUUAAAAAAAAAAAAAAUUGUAUUUUGUUGGAUUAAUAACAUUGGGUUAAUUUAAACUGUAUGCACAUUUCUAAUCAUAAACUUGACCUGACAAAAAUACAAUGUGCAAGAAGAAACAAAAACAACUGUUUCUUCACUAACAAAAAGGUGCAUCAUUCAUUCAAGUGGACGUAAUUUUUUUUACUGAUAUGUAUGACAAUAGUGUUACAAGGAAAUCAUACCACGGUAUGCAUGUAUGUAGGUAUGGUGAUUACUUUAUAAAUAAACAUCCUAUGAAGCAAAUCUCAAAAUUAAACUUAACAUUACAAAACACCAAGGCACAAUUUGCGAAGACAUGUAAAUGAGUUAUGAUUAGAAAAAUAAGUUUUGAAGCAUUUUAGCAUAUAUUUUAUACAUAUAUGCAUAUCUUCCUUAGUAACAUAAUGGAAAUUAAUUAAUUAAAAUUACCAUUUUAGUUAACAGCUUUAAAUUAACUAAAGGUUAAAUGACUAUAGUAAACUUUACUAUAAGUGGCAGUGAGAACCAUAUGCUACAGAUAAUAUUUCUUACAUAGGAACAACUGUAAUUAAGAAAAAAAUAAAACCAUACAGUCCUCAAUUCAUAACUAUUUUGUUUCAAAAUGCAAUUUUUAUUGCACAUACAUGAAUGGAGGCCUAAGUUCAUCAUUUCACCCAUAAUGAACUCUGCAUGCAAUUAUUUCAUCCCAAACUAAUAUUUAAUUUUAAUUAUAUAAAAUUACCCACAAUGUAAAUUAGAACAGAAUAUUAUAUAGUAUUAAAAACUAAAGAUGCAAAAUAUAUACAACUAGCAGUCUUAUGUAAGUUAUUUUUCCUCCACUGAACUGGAGUUAAGGUGGUGGUUAAGUGGUCUUACACACCAUGUUAUAUUUUGUUUCAAUUUAUCAUCAUUUCUAUUAGUUAAGGGUAAUUUUUGUAUAUUUAACUCCAGACAUCUCUUGCAUUUGUUGUUCUGUCACAAAUAUUUUCAACAUAUAUUCACUAAGAGUUAUAUAUGGGUGUAAAAAGUUGCACAAAUGAUAACAUUUACUCAAUGGCAAAACAUUUUACACACAUUAGAUUACACUUAGUACAUACCCUCUUUUAUCACAUAAUCGUCGCACCUAUAUUUUAGGGCAUCAAAAUUCGGAUAAAAAAAAACCUCUCGCGUAAACGUCGCAUGAUGUUCUUGGUCACGAUAUUAGAUGCCGAGCGCUUUGUGUAGGUAUCUUUUCCGUAUAAAUUGAUGUAUUUUAAUGUACAAAUAUAAUAUUUAUUCAGAAAUUACCGCGUACAUAUUUAAAUAACGGAAAUACGAAGCUGUCUGAUGUGUAAAUUUUCUUUUAGAGACUUUUUAAAUGUUUAAACCUUCAUUCUUCAUCUCCGUCGCCGCAAUGUACCACUUACAAAAAUGUAGCCAGCGCUCGUUGCAAUAACUACUGUUUGGUUAUGUUGCUUCCCAUAUAGAGCGCGCACACGUAGUCGAAUAUCGAUAUCUUGCCGAUUGCAUGCAACGCGCGCUCUCUAUGCGGAACCGAGUUAACUAAAUUUGAUAUCCCGCUCACUCGUGGUGUUUACUACGGUAGUUACGUGUUCAUUCAGCUUGCAUUUGGAUCACAGAUUUUGUUUUUCUAUUUAAAGUUGAAGAACGGUUUUUGUUGCAUGACUUAUUAAAUUAAAUUGUUUGGCGUGCUCUUUUAUACUUCACUUUGUAAAUAAAACGUACUUUCCAUGAAUGUGUUUUGUUUUUAUGAAUAUUUAAUCUAAAAAAAUUUUUUUUUUACGCAUAAUCAUUGCACCCCUACUUUUAAAACUUGAUUUUAGAAUAAAAUGUGCGACGAUUAUGCGAGAAAACACGGUAUCUCUUGAAAAUAUUUAUGAGAAACAACAAAUGCAAGAGAAUUAUAGUGUUAUAUUUACAGAAAUAGCCCAUAACUCUUAGCAAUGAGAAGAAAAUUAAAAUAAAACCAAAGCGGCGUGUGUGACCCCCACCUUAAGUACAGAAUAUUUAUAUGGACUCCCCCACAGGUAUUGUACAGCUGUUACUGCAAAACCACCCUAACUAUAAAUACUGAAUCAUUAGCACAAUUCACAUAAAAUUAAACUUAAUUUGGCCAUCAUAUAUCUAAACAUCUCAAGUGCUUUCACUGUCUCCCAAGGAGCGUAAACUGCUCACAUUAGGUGAUGCAAAUCACAAGAGAUGAUUUUAAUAAAUAUUUUCUAAACCACACAUUUAAAGAAAAAAAGUUCACUUUAAAAAACCAGGAAUUGUGACACUGAAUGGCUUCAAUGAAGAACACACAAAAAGUAAUGCUGAUUUGAAUUAGAUUAUUACUUGACUACCUAUUUGCAAUAAUACAAUUAUUAUGUAUUAGGGUACAUUUGAGUCUCGAACUUUCCACAGAACAUAUUCUUAAUUCAUGUGGUAACAACUGCUACCUAAGUUACAAUGAAUGAAUGACCCUCUGUAAACUCUCACCAUUUUAACAAACAGACAAUGAAAAGUGAGAAGUACACCAUCAAAAUAUCACAGCACUAGACCACCAUACACUCGGCUUCUCUACACAGAAAAGCACAGCACACGUACAGAGCCUUGAAAUAAGAGCCAGCCAGCAAACUCUUUAACAUAGAUGCAAUGGAAACUGGCAACUUUAACUUGGCAUUACAGUAGUUUGCAGAACAUACAAUAAAGUUGUGAUCUUGUUUUACAGAUGUCUGCUGUGAACUGCUGAGGUGAAUUGUCAUGGAUACGAAUGUGUUCAUUACAAUGCCAAGGAGAGGACGAGCUGACGUAGGUCGUCAUUGAGGCAACGAUUAUCACGGGAAAGUACAAAGGAAAGGCCGUUUUGAUUCCGUGCAUCCCGAUGAUUCCCAAGGACUUGCCAUUCAAUUUUAAACGGCUGCUAUUCCCAGUGCGUCUGGCCUUCACGAUGACCAUCAACAAAUAACAAGGCCAGUCGUUAGAAGUUUGCGGAAUGAAUUUGAAGUUUCCAUGUUUUGUGCACGGACAACUGUAUGUCACGUUUUCGCUAGUCAGAAAGCCAUCAUCUUUGUUUAUGCGCCGAAAAACAAAACGAAAAAUGCAGUUUACCAGAAAGCUUUGCAUUGAAUGUUAACUGCAUUUACCUUUCAUGUAAAUAAAAUACAUUGAAUUCAUUUAAAU